ACGUUUAUCAUAUGAUGAAAACUAGAAAGUGCCUUGUCUCUUGACGUCACAUUAAUGUAUCAUUCAUUUAUUCCCAUAUGAUCGACUCUAUGACUUGAGUGAAGUAAUUUCUCAAAAAAAGUGAUCUUUUUGAUUCCCGUGGAAAAUAUAUUUUGUCAUGUGUAAUGUUCAGAACAACAAUAGCAAAUGCGAGUUCGAUAGAGUGUUUCUUUGUGUUUUGAGUGAGAUGAAGGAAUAUGCUUGAUAGAACUAAAGUUUUAUCUACCAUAAGACUGUGAUAAAAAAAAACUAUUUCAUACUAGUACAAUUUAUUCUUGAAUAUUUUCGAGUGAAAUUAACAUGGGUUUAUUAUUUGCAAAAUUAUGGAACCUCUUUGGCAACGAAGAACACAAAAUUGUUAUUGUUGGACUUGAUAACGCAGGUAAAACGACUAUUUUAUAUCAGUUCCUGAUGAACGAAGUUGUUCAUACAAGCCCAACAAUUGGUUCAAAUGUAGAAGAAGUUGUAUGGAGAAAUAUUCACUUUAUUAUGUGGGAUUUGGGUGGUCAGCAAUCAUUGAGAGCUGCCUGGAGUACAUAUUACACAAAUACUGAGUUUGUGAUUGUUGUCAUAGACUCUACAGAUAAGGAACGAUUGGCAAUAAUUAAAGAAGAACUUUAUAAAAUGUUAGCAAAUGAAGAAUUAUCCAAAGCAGGUGUUCUCAUAUAUGCCAAUAAACAAGACAUAAAAGGUUCACUUACUGCUUCAGAAAUAUCAGAAGAACUUAAUUUAACAUCGAUAAAACAACAACAAUGGCAUAUUCAAAGUUGUUGUGCCCUUACAGGCGAAGGGUUGUACUCCGGUUUGGAAUGGAUAGCAGGACGGUUAAAGAGAAAAUGACACCAUUGGCAUACUUAGUGUGAAUUUGAAUGAGGCUAAUUUCGUACAGAAGUUUAACUUGUGAACGAUUCAAAUGUUAAUUUCCUCAUAUUGAGGGAAGAAAUUUCCUAUGUGUCAAAUGAUUCCAUCAGUCAGCGUCAUUGUGAAAUACAUCAUCCUUCAUUACAUUAAUCUCCGAUUAACAAAUCUUAAAUUCUGAAUUCAAAGAUGAUCAAUUAGGAGAUUAAGUUGUCAUCAUAUUCAUAAUAUUGUAAUAUACAAAUAACAUUAAAUAAUGAAAGAACA